UCUGACAUGAAGUCAGAUGGUUUGUCUUCUACCUCAGCCCUGAUCAAAUAAACGGAGAGUACCAGAAUUCAUUGUUUCAGGGUCGAGUGGAGCUUCAAGAUCCAGAGAUGAAGGACGGAGACGCUUCUGUGAUUCUGAAGAACGUCAACAUCAAGGACACUGGAACAUAUGAGUGUUGGAUUGGAGUGAAAAACUCAGGACGCAGAAAGAGAGACGCACCUGAACCCAUCAGCACCAUCAAGCUGAGACACAGGAGCUGAAGGUGAAGCCUGGAGAGGACGCCACUCUUCAGUGUCAGAGUCACAGAGGUGCUGACAUAGAAGUGAUGAAGUGGAUCAGAUCUGACCUGAAGCCAGAUGAUGGUUUUGUCUUCUACCUCAGCCCUGAUCAAAUAAACGGAGACUACCAGAAUUCAUUGUUUCAGGGUCGAGUGGAGCUUCAAGAUCCAGAGAUGAAGAACGGAGACGCUUCUGUGAUUCUGAAGAACGUCAACAUCAACGACGCUGGAACAUAUGAGUGUUGGGUUGCAGUGAAAUACAACACAAGACACAGAAAGAGAGACGCACCUGAACCCAUCAGCACCAUCGAGCUGACAGUGACAGAGACACAGGAGGUGAAGGUGAAGCCUGGAGAGGACGCCACUCUUCAGUGUCAGAGUCACAGAGGUGCUGACAUAGAAGUGAUGAAGUGGAUCAGAUCUGACCUGAAGUCAGAUGAUUUUGUCUUCUACCUCAGCCCUGAUCAAAUAAACGGAGACUACCAGAAUUCAUUGUUUCAGGGUCGAGUGGAGCUUCAAGAUCCAGAGAUGAAGAACGGAGACGCUUCUGUGAUUCUGAAGAACGUCAACAUCAACGACGCUGGAACAUAUGAGUGUUGGGUUGCAGUGAAAUACAACACAAGACACAGAAAGAGAGACGCACCUGAACCCAUCAGCACCAUCGAGCUGACAGUGACAGAGACACAGGAGGUGACAGUGAAGCCUGGAGAGAACGUCACUCUUCAGUGUCAGAGUCACAGAGGUGCUGACAUAGAAGUGAUAGCGUGGAGCAGAACUGACCUGAAGACAGAUGGUUUUGUCUUCUUCUUCAGAAAUGACGGCGUAACCCGCCUGAGUGAAUCUUAUCCUGGUCGAGUGGAGCUGAGAGAUCCAAAGAUGAAGGACGGAGACGUUUCUGUGAUUCUGAAGAACGUCAACAUCAACGACACUGGAACAUAUGAGUGUUGGAUUAAAGAGGGAAACAACGCAAGACGCAGAAAGAGAGACGCUGAACCUAAACUCUUCAGCACCAUCAAGCUGACAGUGACAGGUCACACAGCUGGAAACAUCUGGGAGGGAUACGUUGGAGUUGUUUGUUUGCUUUCUCUUCUUCUUGUUGCUGUUGGUGGUUUUAUGGUCAAUCAAAUGAUUCAAAGGAGACACAGACCAGAAACAACUCCUGACUCAGAGAGUGCAGAAGACGCCCUAAACCCAUCAUCAUCAUCAUCAGUCUGACAUGAUCCAGGUGAG